UUAUAUGUUCUCUGUUCUUUUGCUAUUCAGCUUGUGGGCUGUAUUUGAGGCUAACGAAAUGACAACUUCAUGAAAAUCUGUGAAGAUGGACAGGCAGAACAGGGGCAUUGCUGAUCCUCAGUUACAGGAAGAUCCAGAAAGCAGCAAAAUAGAAGACGACUCAGGAGCACAGUUGGAUGUGUUAGCCAAAGCACAUGAGUUCUUUCAGAUCUGCGAUGUAGAAGGGAAAGGGUUUAUUGCUCGUCAUGACAUGCAGAGGCUCCAUGGUGAGUUACCUCUUGUCCCAGAAGAGCUGGAGAAAGUAUUUGACACUCUGGAUACAGAUGGCAAUGGUUCUCUUACUCUAGAAGAAUUCACCACAGGAUUCAGCCAGUUUUUGUUUGGGAGGAAGGAAUCUGUUCCUGAGAUCUGUGGAUGUGAAACUGGAAAUAACUUUCAUCCGAAAUCAAAAGAAAGCAUCAUGGAAGGAAAUGAGGAAGAAGAUCAGUUUUCCAAUCUUAUGGAGCGGCUUGGAGCUAAUAAUAUCUUGAAGGAUGAAAAUGAUAUAAAGAACCUCUGGCUGCAUCUGAGGAAACAUGAGCCUCACCUACUUUCCAAUUUUGAAGAAUUCUUGACAAAAAUCUUCUCUCAGCUCCAAGAAGCUGAUGAUGAAAAGAACACCUUGGAGUGUGCCCUGAAAAACAAAAUUUCUGCCUAUGAUGAUGAAAUCCAGCAACUGUAUGAAGAAAUGGAACAGCAAAUCAAAAAUGAGAAAGAAAAGGUCCUGUUGGAGGACACUGAGAGGUUUCAGUCCCGACAUCAGGAUCUGGAGCAUAAACUUGUAGAAAAGGAGAAGGAAUUGGAACAACUGGCUCAGAAGCAGAAAAGGUUGGAAGGACAAUGUAAAGAGCUACGUAAUGAUAAGCAUGAUACUGCAACAGAAAAUACCAAAUUGAAGGUUACUAACCAAGAGCUUCAGAAUGAGCUGAAGAGAACAUUAGAGGAGUUAAUCGUUGCCCAACAGCAGUUGCAGAUACUUCAAGAUGAAGCUAAAAAACUGCAGGAAGAAAAGGAAAUUGAGGUUUACCGAGUGACAGAAAUAUUACAGAGGGAGAAAUCGAGACUUCUUAAACAAUUGGACUUUUUGAGAGAAAGGAACAAAUAUCUGAGAGAUGAACGUGACAUGUGUCUCCAGCAGAAAUACAGGAAUGUUGCACCUGUCAGUUGGAAGCAAAGGUCAGGCUCAGUUAUUGGCAAAUAUAUUGAGAGAAAAAGUUCCCUGAAGAGCCAGUCUUCAGAAGAUGACACGCUUAGCACAUCCCAAAGAAGAAAUUCCCUGAGUUUGAAUGUGGAUCUUUCGUUAGAUUCUGAGCCCCACGAGGUGGAGGGUCUAAUUCAGAGAAAGCACUUCAGAAGGAUAAUAUCCAUUGAAGAAGACCACCUGCCACAGCUGCUCAACAGGACAGAGAGGCAACUCAUCCAGUGGACCAAAGAAGAGGAAGAUGUCUCACUUGGACCAGAAGUGAGGGGAGCCCAGGGGCACUCACAGCCUGAACAGCUCCAUGCCUCUCCCAGGGAAGAGCCAGUAGGGAAAGAAACACUGACAGAUGAUGAAGCAUUGUGCAUGGCUCCAGAUCGCAUAUUCAAGAUAGUUCUGGUAGGCAAUUCAAAUGUGGGGAAGACUUCAUUUUUAAAGCAGUUAUGUGAAGACCAUUUUUCUCCAGGCACGGCUGCUACAGUGGGGGUGGAUUACUGCAUGAAAACCAUGACCCUGGAUAGCAGCCAGGUGGUGCUGCAGCUUUGGGACACCGCUGGGCAAGAAAGGUAUCGCAGCAUCACUAAGCAGUUCUUCCGAAAAGCUGACGGUGUUGUUGUGAUGUAUGACAUAACGGCACGAGACACCUUUGUGGCUGUAAAGCAAUGGUUGGUGAGCAUAGAGGAGGCAACUGGGGAGAACAUUCCCCUCCUUUUGCUUGGUAAUAAAAUUGAUAAGGAGAAAGAGCGAGAAGUUCCUAAUGGAUUGGGGAAGCAUCUAGCCGAGGAUUACAGUUUAAUUUUUUAUGAAUGCAGUGCCUUGACAGGUGAGAAUACCAUGGCAUCUAUAUUGCACUUGGCCAGGAUUUUAAAAGAGCAGGAAGACAAUGUGAAGGAAAAAACUGUUCAGCUGCAUCAAUUGCCUGAGAAAGCAACUUGUUGUUCCAGGCAAUAAAGAUCAUAUAGAACCACCUUUAAUAAAUGAACACAAUCAUUGCCUUUUUUCCUA